UGAUGGGUCAGUGCUACUACAAUGAGACCAUCGGCUUUUUCUAUAAUAACAGUGGCAAGGAGCUCAGCCUUCAUUGGCGCCCCAAGGAUGUGGUAGUGGUGGCUCUGGGGCUGACAGUCAGUGUACUGGUGUUGCUCACCAAUCUGCUGGUUAUUGCGGCCAUUGCCUCCAACCGGCGCUUCCACCAGCCCAUAUACUACUUGCUUGGCAACUUGGCUGCUGCUGACCUCUUCGCCGGCAUGGCCUACCUCUUCCUCAUGUUCCAUACUGGCCCACGAACUGCCCGGCUCUCCAUCAGAGGCUGGUUCCUGCGACAGGGUCUGCUGGACACCAGCUUGACGGCAUCAGUGGCCACACUGCUGGCCAUCGCUGUAGAACGGCACCGUAGUGUGAUGGCCGUUCAGCUACACAGCCGCCUACCCCGGGCCCGUGUGGUCACACUUAUCGUGGGUGUGUGGGUGGCUGCACUGGGCCUGGGGUUGCUACCUGCACACUUCUGGCACUGCCUCUGUGACUUGGAUAGUUGUUCACGAAUGGUGCCCCUGUUCAGCCGCUCUUACCUGGCUGUGUGGGCCCUGUCCAGCCUUCUGGUCUUCCUGCUUAUGGUAGCUGUCUACACACGCAUUUUCUUCUAUGUGCGUAGACGGGUAGAGCGCAUGGCAGAGCAUGUCAGCUGCCAUCCCCGCUACCGAGAGACGACGCUCAGCCUAGUCAAGACUGUUGUCAUCAUCCUGGGGGCAUUUGUGGUGUGCUGGACGCCAGGCCAAGUGGUGCUACUCCUGGACGGUCUGGACUGUAAAUCCUGCAAUGUCUUGGUUGUGGAGAAGUACUUCCUGCUCCUGGCUGAGGCCAACUCACUGGUCAACGCAGUGGUGUACUCCUGCCGAGAUGCUGAGAUGCGCCGGACCUUUCGCCGCCUCCUCUGCUGCGUGUUCCUCCACUGGUCCAACCACAAAUCUUCCCGAUACUCAUCUUCUACCCAGACGGGCGCCAGCACCCGGAUCAUGCUUCCUGAGAACGGCUGCCCACCGAUGGACUCCACCCUUUAGCUUCCUUGGACUGAGGCAGAAGAUGGGGCAGCAAAAGUAUCACCCCACAGCCUCUAGCAGUUUCCCUGACUCAGUCCAGCCCAGCAGAUGCAUGGCUUUCAAUACUCCCCAGGCCACAGAUCUGCCUGCCUCAGAACACAGGGAUUUGGGGUCAUCUCUGUGCACCUGGGAGAUCAUCCAAAGGGGCAUGGCAGUCUGGCUAUCAAACA